CGGAAAAUCAAUACGGGAUAAACUGUGUGCCAGUUGUUUUUUCUCCUUACAAUGUUUACUGGCGUUUAAACGAGUUGUGUGAGUAAGUCUAGUACGGAUUUGAUGUGAGCUAGGAACAAGACAUUUAGACACGUGAUAGUAUCCUUAUUUUAAAUCAUGUCUGUUCUUUUCAUGUCACCAAACUGAAGCUUUGUUUCGCGAACAAAGAAGUGCCAACUUGUAUAUAAUAGACCUACCGGUGUAUACUGUGUGUGUGCAUAUAAAUAACAAUUAGAUUUCGUGGUGUGUACUUAUGAUAAGUAAAUUAAACUCAUCCAACAGUAAACACCAUGGCAGAAAAGUCGGAAUCUCUGGUGACAAAAGAGGAAAAACUAACAGAAGCUAAGGAACUGUUUGGUCGUGGAAGCCGAAACUAUUGUAUGAAACAAUAUUCGGAAGCCGCCGAUGAUCUCAGUGCAUGUUGCGCUAUUUAUUCAGAAUUGUAUGGGCCAACUGCCGAAGAGUGCGGUGAUCCGUAUCUGGUGUACGCCAAGUCGCUGAUUGCAUUAUCUAAGGAAGAAAAUAAUCUCCUUGUUCCGGAAGAGGGCGCAGAUGGAGAAGAUGAUGGUGAAGAUGGUAACGAAGAAGGUGAUGAUGAAGGUGAUGAUGGGGAGGGUGAUGGGGAUGAAGCAGAUGCUGAUGCUGGUGAUGAAAAUACCGAAGGAGAAGUGAAAUCUUCUGAAGAAAGUGCGGAUAAGGCUAAAGAAAGUGACAAGAAAGCAUUAGACCAGCAACCAAGUUCGUCAGCUCAAAUCGAGCCACAACCGGGACCAUCUUCAUCUAACGGUACCGAACAAGCUGAGGAAACUGAAGAAGGAGAUGACGAAAAAGGAGGAGGAAGUUUGGAAGUAGCAUGGGAAAUACUGGAGUUGGCAGUCAAAAUAUUCAGUGGACAGGGCGAUAAAUCUGCUAGUAAUUUGUCGGAAUGCUACCUUGAACUUGCUAAUAUAUCUUUUGAAAAUAGUAAUUAUUCUUUUGCUAUCAAUGAUUACAAAAAAUCACUCGAAGUGUACGCGAAAAUCACUGAGCCAGACAGUCGUCUAAUCGCCGAAAUUGAUUACAAAAUUGGGCUUUGUCACAUGAUGUUGAAUGAGUUUCCGGACUCAGUACGAUAUUUCCAAGAGGCUUGUUCAGAACUUGGCAAGGUUAUUGUUCAGGAGAAAGCUAAAGAACAGACUGACGAAACUAAGGAAACUAUUAAAGAUCUUGAGGAAACCACACAGGAAAUCGUUGAAAGAAUCCGAGAGGUAGAGGAAACUACCAAAACGUCGAUUGAAGAAUUGAAACGCGAACUAUCAAAAAUUAUCGUGAAAAGCGGAACUACGAAUGGAACAGAUAGUGAUGCCGGAGAAUUUGCAUCAUCAUCCUCAGUGAGUAAUGGGACCGCUAAAACGGCCGAAAAACCUAAGGACAUUUCCCACCUGAUCAAGCGAAAGAAGCCUGAUACUAUUGAACCAGAUGUCGGUGGAUCCCCCGCAAAGAAAACUGCCGUUGAACCGGAACCUCGAAGUGAUAGCAACUAAAUUUUACACUGUUUUUUUUCUGUUUAUGUUUUCGGUUACUUAUUAUCUAUUCAUUGCCUUUCUCGGGGUCUGUUUUCUGUCUCCAAUUUUUUCACAUUAUUUCAAUGUUUUCUGUCUCUUAAUAGACAGCAUAUCGAUUCUCGGAAAUGUUCACGAACCAGAAAGUGAAAAAUAAACCAUAAUUAUCUUGUA